AUGGCUCGUGACCGCCUCCAAAACUCUGGUAUCAACUAUGGUGACCACUCGGCACCUGGUAGCAACCCCUAUGCCCAGGCCCAGCAGCAGUCGUACCCUCCCCAGCAGCAGUAUGACCAGUACGCGCAGGUCCCGCAGGCCUACAGCCCCGUUGGCGGCAACUACCCAAUGACCGAGACUGGCGGUGGUGUUGGCGGCGGUGACUUCUGGUCGCAGCUGACCGACACCAACAACCUCCUGGCCCAGCUUGAGCAGGAGAUCCAGGCUGUGCGCAACGGCCACCAGCAGAGCCUCAACUCUAGCGACCCCAACGCCAUUGCCAACGUCGACAGGCUGUCGGACCAGGCCAAGAGCACCCGCGAGCAGUGCAAGCUCGCCAUCAAGUCGCUCGCCAAGCAGUCCAAGGGCAACAAGCAGUUCAAGCAGCAGGUCGACACUGCCAACAACCGCUUCCGUGGCCUGCUCCAGGAGCACCAGCAGGUUGAGAAGGAGUACCGCAAGAAGACCCGCGACCGUGCCGAGCGCCAGUACAAGAUUGUCAAGCCCGACGCGACCCCCGAGGAGAUCAAGGACGUCAUUGACAGCGACAACCCGCAGGUCUUCGCCCAGGCCCUCCUCAACACCAACCGCUACGGUGCUGCCCGCGGCGCGUACCGCGAGGUCCAGGAGCGUCAUGCCGAGAUCCAGAAGAUUGAGAAGACCAUGACCGAGCUCGCUCAGAUGUUCAACGAGAUGGCCAUGCUCGUCGAGCAGCAGAACGAGGCUAUUGCCGACGUCGAGAACCAGACCCAGCAGGUCAACACGGACAUCCAGCGCGGUAACACCCAGCUUGACUCUGCGGUGAACAAGGCUCGCGCUGCCAGGAAAAAGAAGAUCAUCUGCCUGAUCAUCUGCAUCCUCAUCAUUUGUAUCAUUGCGCUUGUCGUGGGUCUCUACUACGGUCUUAAGGGGAAGUAA